AAAAGUUUUCCCCAAAGUAUUAAAUACUCUUGUUUUAUUUUGAUACACGUUUCUUAGUGGUUUUUGAUAUUCAAAUAGGAAAUAACUUUUUUUUUUAUUUAUACAUACAGGUUAUAAAGCAGCUAAAUGGAGUCUGAGCAGCUGUUUCAUAGAGGAUACUAUCGAAACAGUUACAACAGCAUAACUAGUGCAAGCAGCGAUGAGGAGCUUUUAGAUGGAGCAGGUGUAAUUAUGGAUUUUCAGACCUCUGAAGAUGACAAUCUCUUGGAUGGUGAUGCAUCCAUUGGAACUCAUUAUACAAUGACAAAUGGAGGAAAUAUCAACAGUUCAACACACUUACUGGACCUUCUGGAUGAGCCAAUUCCUGGAGUAGGAACAUAUGAUGAUUUCCAUACCAUCGACUGGGUUCGAGAGAAGUGCAAAGACAGAGAACGGCAUAGACGGAUUAACAGCAAGAAGAAAGAAUCAGCAUGGGAGAUGACAAAAAGUUUGUACGAUGCAUGGUCAGGAUGGUUGGUAGUCACAUUAACUGGCUUGGCAUCAGGGGCAUUGGCAGGAUUAAUUGACAUAGCUGCUGACUGGAUGACUGACUUAAAGGAAGGCAUUUGCCUUAGUGCUUUGUGGUUUAACCAUGAACAGUGUUGUUGGGGUUCAAAUGAGACCACUUUUGAAGAGCGAGAUAAGUGUCCACAGUGGAAAACUUGGGCAGAACUAAUAAUUGGGCAAGCUGAAGGCCCAGGUUCAUACAUAAUGAACUACAUAAUGUACAUUUUCUGGGCAUUGAGUUUUGCAUUCUUAGCAGUUUCUCUGGUGAAGGUAUUUGCUCCUUACGCCUGUGGCUCAGGGAUACCUGAGAUAAAAACUAUUUUGAGCGGCUUCAUCAUCAGAGGUUACUUGGGGAAGUGGACUUUGAUGAUAAAAACAAUUACUUUAGUCUUGGCUGUUGCAUCAGGUUUGAGUUUAGGAAAAGAGGGUCCUUUGGUACAUGUUGCCUGCUGCUGUGGGAAUAUUUUUUCCUACCUCUUUCCAAAAUACAGUACAAAUGAAGCUAAAAAAAGAGAGGUGUUGUCAGCUGCCUCAGCAGCAGGAGUUUCUGUAGCCUUUGGUGCACCAAUUGGUGGAGUCCUUUUCAGUCUGGAGGAGGUCAGUUAUUAUUUCCCACUGAAAACCUUAUGGAGAUCGUUUUUUGCUGCUUUAGUAGCUGCAUUUGUUUUAAGGUCCAUCAAUCCUUUUGGUAAUAGCCGCCUAGUUCUUUUUUAUGUGGAAUAUCACACUCCUUGGUAUCUUUUUGAACUGCUUCCUUUUAUUCUUCUGGGAGUAUUUGGUGGGCUCUGGGGAGCAUUUUUCAUCCGAGCAAACAUUGCAUGGUGUCGUCGACGCAAAUCUACAAAAUUUGGGAAGUAUCCUGUCCUGGAGGUUAUUAUUGUUGCAGCAAUAACAGCUGUGAUUGCAUUUCCUAAUCCAUAUACAAGGCUAAACACCAGUGAGCUUAUUAAGGAGCUCUUCACAGACUGUGGGCCAUUAGAAUCCUCCUCGCUCUGUGACUACAGAAAUGAUAUGAAUGCAAGCAAAAUUGUAGACGAUAUUCCUGACCGUCCAGCAGGCACUGGAGUCUAUUCAGCUAUAUGGCAGUUGUGUUUAGCACUCAUAUUUAAAAUCAUCAUGACAGUCUUCACUUUCGGUAUCAAGGUUCCAUCUGGGUUGUUCAUACCUAGUAUGGCAAUUGGAGCAAUAGCAGGAAGGAUUGUAGGAAUUGCAGUGGAGCAGCUGGCUUACUACCAUCAUGACUGGUUCAUUUUCAAGGAGUGGUGUGAAGUUGGAGCUGACUGUAUUACACCUGGUCUUUAUGCUAUGGUUGGUGCUGCUGCAUGCUUAGGUGGUGUGACAAGGAUGACUGUGUCCCUGGUAGUUAUUGUCUUUGAGCUAACAGGAGGGCUGGAAUAUAUUGUGCCCCUAAUGGCAGCAGUCAUGACCAGUAAGUGGGUAGGAGAUGCCUUUGGUAGGGAAGGCAUCUAUGAAGCACACAUCCGACUGAAUGGAUAUCCUUUCUUGGAUGCAAAGGAAGAAUUCACUCACACAACACUGGCUGCUGAUGUGAUGAGACCUCGGAGAAGCGACCCACCUUUAGCAGUUCUGACACAGGAUAACAUGACUGUCGAAGACAUUGAAAACUUGAUCAACGAAACCAGCUAUAAUGGUUUUCCUGUUAUUAUGUCAAAAGAAUCGCAGAGACUAGUGGGUUUUGCUCUAAGAAGAGAUUUAACUAUUGCAAUAGAAAGUGCUAGAAAAAAGCAGGAGGGGAUUGUUGGCAGUUCCAGGGUGUGUUUCGCCCAGCAUACCCCAUCGCUUCCAGCAGAAAGCCCUCGACCUUUGAAGCUCAGAAGCAUACUUGAUAUGAGCCCCUUCACCGUGACAGACCAUACACCAAUGGAAAUAGUGGUGGAUAUUUUCCGGAAGCUGGGUCUGAGGCAGUGCCUUGUAACACACAAUGGGAUUGUCUUGGGGAUCAUCACAAAGAAGAACAUAUUAGAGCAUCUCGAGCAACUAAAGCAGCACGUCGAACCCUUGGCGCCUCCUUGGCAUUAUAACAAAAAAAGAUAUCCUCCGUCAUAUGGCCCAGACGGCAAACCAAGACCCCGCCUCCAUAAUGUUCAACUGAAACCCAUAGCUGAGGAGAGAGAGGAAACAGAAGAGGAGGUUCAUUUGUUGAAUAGCACAACACUUUAGUCUGGGGAAAACUUCUAAAGUCAGAGACGAGCUGGGUUUUUACGUAACAGUGCUGCUGGCAAUCAGGAGUCAGUCUAGGGGAGCGUGUGGCGAGGAGGAAGGCUCAUGGGCGUGUGGGAAGGGAGAGCUGCUGUCCUGCACUGGAUGCGUCCCGAGACAUCAGGUCUGCCAUGAUAGUGCAGUGGGUGAGCCAUGCAAAGUGGUGCCAUUCUCCAGCUCAGCCUGGUACUUCAGCAUUGAAGAGAUGUGUUACUAAUCCCUGUUUCUGGAGGGAUCAUUCUGAAUUGAGCCAUCUUGUGGAGACUGAAAGGUCUUGCCCUUUUUACCAUUGAAAACUGUUGUGUUAACUCAUGAAACGUACUAUUACUCGUCACCUUUCUACAUUCCAGAAGAGCUUUAUUUCUCUCUCUCCUGAGCUGUAACAAAGCCUCUUUAAAAUUGGU